AACAAGGGGCUCCGUAGGAAGGGCCCGCCGGGCACUGGGAGCGCCGGCGGCCCCGAGGAGGCGGCGGACGGCAGGAAGCCCAAAUUCUUGGAUAGAUUUGCCAGUAUAAGAAUUCCAAAAAGUAAAAAAGAAAGACCUCCUCUGCCGCAUAUGAAGCAGUCACAUUCUACAGAUUGGUCAUCCACAUCUAUGGAUCCAGAGGAUUUUGCUCCAAAACCACUGUCGGAAAGAGAAAUCAUAGCACUGUUUGAAAAAAUGAUGGAAGAUAUGAAUUUAAAUGAAGACAAGAAGAUGCCAUUGAGAGAAAAGGAUUUUAAUACCAAAAAAGAAAUGGUGAUGCAAUAUAUUAGCACUGCUUCAAAGUCUGGAAGUCUCAAGAACAGUAGGAAGAUUUCACCUCAAGAGUUUAUUCAGGAUUUAAAAUCUGGGUCAACAGAUGAAAGACUAGUCACUUGCUUAGAGUCUCUCCGUGUGUCCUUGACUAGUAAUCCUGUCAGCUGGGUUGAAAAUUUUGGCCGAGAAGGUCUAGGACUGCUAUUGGAUGUUUUGGAAAGAUUGGUUGAGAUAAAAAAUCAGGACAGAGUUGUGAAGAGGAGUCAGCAUAAGGUUAUACAGUGUUUGAGAGCCUUCAUGAAUAAUAAGUAUGGGUUGGAAAGAAUUUUGGGAGAAGAGAGGAGCCUUUUGUUGCUGACCAAAGCAAUUGAUCCCAAGCAAACUAACAUGAUGACGGAUAUAGUUAAACUCCUAUCUGCAAUGUGCAUUGUUGGAGAGGAAAACAUCCUUGAAAAAAUUUUGGAAGCUGUAACAGCAGCAGCAGAGGAAAGGAAUGUUGGCAGAUUCUCUCCUAUUGUAGAAGGUCUUCAGGAUAACUCAGUUCAGCUGCAAGUAGCUUGCAUGCAGCUCAUCAAUGCUCUCGUUACAUCUCCUGAUGACUUGGAUUUUAGGCUUCACAUCAGAAAUGAAUUUAUGCGCAGUGGAUUGAAAGAGAUAUUGCCACAACUGAAAUCUAUAAAGAAUGAAGCACUAGAUAUUCAGCUGAAAGUGUUCAAUGAGCAUAAGGAAGAAGACAUGAUCGAGUUCUCUCAUCGCUUAGAAGAUAUUAGAUCUGAACUAGAUGAAGUAAAUGAUGUUUACAACAUGGUGUGGAAUACAGUUAAGGACACUAGUGCUGAAGGAUAUUUUCUUUCUAUUCUCCAGCAUCUUUUGCUGAUAAGAAAUGAUUAUUUUAUCCGUCCACAGUAUUUCAAAUUAAUUGAAGAGUGUGUGUCACAGAUAGUGUUACACCGAAAUGGAACAGACCCAGACUUCACAUAUCGUAAAAGAUUAGAUAUAAAUUUCAGCCACUUAAUAGAUAUUUGUGUAGAUAAAGCAAGAUUAGAAGAAUGUGAAGAGAGGGCUUCUGAACUUUCCAGAAAAUUUGAAAAAGAUUUUGUAGUUCACCAGGAGACCCAGGCCCUACUGCAAAAAAAAGAAGAAAGAAUCAAUGAACUCGAGACAGAAUUACAAGCUUUUAAAUCACAGUAUGGCUCUGUGCCACCUGGUUUUCUGCCAUCAACAUGUGGAGAUGCCUCUGUUGUUCCACUGGAAGGUGCAGGACGACAUCAACUUCCACCACCUCCUCCUCCACCACUGCCUUCUAAUGGAGCAAUUCCACCACCACCACCACCCCCUCCUCCUCCACCACUUCUGAGUGGCUUGGGAGCUCCUCUGGCUUUUGGUGGUGCUCCUCCUCCACCACCUCUACCAGGCCUGCCUGGAAUACAGUGGUCCCCGCCUUCCUGUGCUUUGCCGUUCGGAAUGAAGCCUAAAAAAGAAUUUAGACCUGAGGUUACCAUGAAAAGACUCAACUGGUCCAAGAUCAGGCCUCAGGAGAUGACAGAAUCCUGUUUUUGGGUUAAGGCAGAAGAGGACAAGUAUGAGAAUGCUGACAUGCUUUGCAAAUUGGAACUUACAUUUUCUUGUCAAAAAAGGGUAAAAAGAGAGGAGGAUGAUUUUGAAGAAAAGAAAUCCAUUAAGAAACGAAUCAAAGAAUUAAAAGUUUUGGACCCAAAGAUUGCGCAGAAUCUGUCAAUUUUCCUUGGAUCUUUCCGAGUGCCUUAUGAGGAAAUCAAAAUGAUGAUACUGGAAGUAGAUGAAACACAACUAUCAGAGUCCAUGAUUCAGAAUUUAAUAAAACACCUUCCUGAACAAGAACAGUUGAAUGCAUUGUCCAAGUUCAAGAGCGAGUAUAAAAAUUUGUCUGAGCCAGAGCAGUUCGGAGUUGUGAUGAGCAACGUGAAGAGACUACGGCCACGGCUCAGUGCUAUUCUUUUUAAGCUUCAGUUUGAGGAGCAGGUGAAUAACAUCAAACCUGACAUCAUGGCUGUCAGUGCUGCCUGUGAAGAGAUAAAGAAGAGUAAAAGCUUUAGCAAGCUGCUGGAACUAGUAUUGUUAAUGGGAAACUACAUGAAUGCAGGUUCUCGGAAUGCACAGACCUUCGGAUAUAAUCUCAGCUCCCUAUGUAAACUGAGAGACACAAAGUCGGCAGAUCAGAAAACAACAUUGCUACAUUUUCUCGUAGAAGUGUGUGAAGAAAGCUAUCAGGAUGUCCUGGAUUUUGUUGAAGAUUUUCAGCAUUUAGAUAAAGCUAGUAAAGUCUCAGCAGAAAACCUGGAGAAGAGCCUUAAGCAUAUGGAGAAGCAACUCCAACAGCUUGAGAAGGAUUUGCAGACUUUUCCAGUUCCUGAAGAUAAGCAUGAUAAGUUUAUAGCAAAAAUGUCAAGCUUUCUAGGUCAUGCCAAAGAAGAUUUUCAGAAACUUUCACGGAUGCAUGAGAACAUGGAAAAACUCUAUCAGAACGUGAUGAGAUAUUAUGCCAUUGAUCCGAAGAAAGUUUCGGUGGAGGAGUUUUUAACAGACUUAAACAACUUCAGGACCAUGUUCAUGCAAGCAGUAAAAGAAAAUAUGAGAAGAAGGGAAGCAGAAGAAAAACAGAGACGUGCUAAAAUAGCUAAGGAGAAGGCAGAAAAAGAAAAACAAGAGAGGCAACAAAAGAAAAAGCGCUUGUUAGAAAUGAAAACAGAAGGUGAGGAGACUGGAGUGAUGGAUAGCCUGUUGGAGGCCUUGCAAUCAGGUGCAGCUUUUCGAGACCGAAGGAAAAGGACACCAAGGUCUAAAGACAUACCACAGAAUCUCAGCCCAACCACACAGCGACCUGUUCUGAAAGCUUGUAACCAUGAGAACCAGAAAGAACAACUAGAGAAGCCGUGUUCACACCACAGUAUCAGUUUAAACUUGACAAGAAGCCCAGUCACCAAAGAAGUUACAUAUGAUGUGGAAACAAGUUCCAAGGCAUGGAACAAGGCUGUUGGGAGAAAGGAAGACUGUCACGGAGAAGGCAACAAGGAAAAGAAAACAGAUCAUAUCGGGUCUCCUUUUCAGGGAGAAGCCAUUCCAGAAGUAGAAGCUCUCUUGGCAAGACUGCGAGCACUGUAGAAUACUCAUAUAAAAGAUUAAAUAAAAGCCUAAAAAUAAUAGUCUAUAUCUUUAAAAAUUCAGUAAUUUUCUAUUAUUGACACUGCAUACUUCUGAGUUCCUAGAUUCUCUGUGGAUGAAUGAUCUACUUCUAAACUGUUUGCAAGACUGUACAAAACAAUACUAUAUUUUCGCAUAACUGCAAGAUGAUUUUUUAUUAUGUGUUUUUACAUAGCAAGCAUAUAAAAAGUAUCAGAAAUAAAACUAAAUUAUUCCAAGGUACAAUCCUUUUAGUGGACAGACUGCUGACCACCUGAUCUGAAUGCUUCUCAAAAUAGGAAUAUCUUUUAAAUAUUGUUAAAUCAUCGCGCCUGGGAAUAGGGUCAGUAAAUAACAGAAAAGAUGUUCUUAUAUUUUCUGCUAUAAUUCCUGUACUUAAGAGGUUUCAGCACCCUAAAUGUAUCAUUACAGUAUCCUUUACAAUUACAGUAAUAGCAAAAAUGUAUAGUAUAAAUCAGCCAUAUUCCAACUUGAGUUCAUCAAAGAGCACCAAAGCUUGCUGGAUAAUAUAUAUGUAUUUACCAAAUGGUAAUCCAUGGGCAGUAAACAAAAAAUCUAUGCAAAUAAUAUAUUUUUUGUGUGUUUAAUAUAUCACUGCUGUUAAGCUUAGUUAUGAUUAUUAAAUCAAAAUAAUAUAUACAAUUGCUGUGAUUGCAAGGUUUUGCAAUUCUGUCUAUAGUUGGGGAAAAUGUCUUCACAGUUAUCUACCAGUGUAAUAUUUUAUCUUUUCACAUGUGAGCUGAUAUGUUUCUAUAAAAGGAACAUGUAAUGGAAAAGAUUGGUUUUUCACAAACUCAUUUUCCAGUAGCCUGUUAAGUCUUAUUUACUGGCACAAUAGGAGUCUUGCAUGUAAUUGCAUCUCUUUUAUCCCACUGUCAUUGUACAUUGUUGCGUGUCCGCUAUCAUAUUUAUUAAUUGCACAUCAUAAAGAGUUGCUACCUAUGUUACCAAAUAGGAAUCUACUAUUACUAUCUUUGCUCCAUUAUUUAAAGCUUCCUUAUUAUAAGAGUAUAUUAAGUACCUAAUAUCUUUCUUUUAAAUUACUCUAUUUUUCUUUACAAAAUGCUGAAAAAUAUGUCUUUCAAUAAGAGUCAGUUACAUGAAACCAGUGUUUCAAUGCUCCAGUGCUUUUUAUAUCCUUAAGUUGCCUUUGUACUUCCUGCACUAAACAUUAAUAAAGUUAAUUAGAACUCGAAAACUGGGCCUGUUUAUACAUACUACAUAGAGGACUUUUCAGCCAUCGUGGGAAUCAAUCUCAUGUUUCUGAGGCAGUUUUAACUGUCACUGUACACUAAUUACAUUUCCUGCCUUAGCUGAAAAAAGAGAGGUAUAAACAGAAGUUGCAAAGAUUCAGAGAAGGCCUCAGCCAUUUCUCCAGCUCCCCUUGCAAACAAACAGUGGGCACAGCUGUCAUAGAGAGACACUUUUGAUAACUUGAAAUGUGUCUUUAGUGGAUAACAACUAAUAGUUGUUCCACUAAGGUCUUCUGUGCCUCUGCUAUUAAGACUUACUACCCCUGUUUACAGGGUGCAGUAAAAAUGACUAUCUUCAAAGUGCAAUAUGAUUGACUAAAUAAAAAGACCCUUCAAACGCAGAGCAAAUACAUGU